CAUAUCGAAUCUACCAGAUGUUAAGACAGUUAAGACUCGGAAUUCAGAACUAGCAGAAUACAAUAAAAAGUCGACGUUAAGAUGUUGAUGCUCAAAUUAUUCUUUGUUGCUGCUCUUCUAUAUGAGACAACCGAAGCAAGCAAAAUCCAAACGGGCGACAAAAAGGUAAGCUUCAGCGUGGAAAAGAUCUGGCAGAACCACAAAAAGAACGACGACAUGUGUUAUGACGAUAACCGAUAUGUACAAAGCGUGCAAGAGUACUACACGGGAUGCAGAGAAGUUAGCUGGAUGUUUCGGGGUCCGUCGUACUGCAUAGCCGACAAUGUCAUGAUAUCAAUGGAAAGUCUCAUUACGAAAUUGCUCUAUUUCGCCAAUACCAAUUCGACGGUGCUGGCUUCGAGUGCUGCGGACAUAUUUGAGUCGAUGAGCAAAUGCAAACGAUUGAAGACGUCGUGUCUGAUUAUCAUCAGUGAAUUCAAUAAAGUUUUGCCACGAAUGGUCAAAGACUUCAACGGGGUCGUUGAGGCAAAAUUAUCGAACUACAUUGGGGAUGUGUCUGUCUCGUUUAGCGAUGCAGUUGUUGAUCUCAGUGACGAAUUUUCCAAUUUUAUGGGAAAAUAUCUUCAAUGCUCGGCAUCUGAAUGCAAGGGAAAGGUGGACUACAAACCUGUCUUCAAAAAAUGUCAAAGGCUUAUGAACACCGUUGCUCUAAUCGCUGAGACCAUAAUGAACGACUGUGAACCACCUACCCGUGAACACUUCGAAGCGGUGACCAUUUUGAGUUUGAUUUUUUGCUAUUUUUCGAUUGCAGUUCAAGGAAUAAACAGCUGUGUUCAAGACCAGCUGUACGGAGAUGAACAUCCAGUACCAAAGGACAUUGAAUCCAUCUCGACAUCGUUGGAUUUUGUCGUCGUCGAAGCACACCAGGCUAUUUUUACGAUCGAUUAUCCGUUCGAGGACAAAAUGAACGAAAUGUUAAUCACCUUCGUCGACAUAACCUUGGCCUUCAACAAGGCGAUAAAGGAUAUUCUUGGUGUGUUUGAGGGUGUGGCGACAACGCGAGGUGAAAUUUUAAAAAACCUGUCGAAAUGCUGUAAAAAACUCGAUCCUGCAGCUCUAAACGAUCGAACGAACAUUGUGAAGGGCAUUGUUAGUGAAUAAUAUCACAGUAAUGAUGCACCUCGCUCAAAUGUAGUUUUAGCGUUGGAAUAUAUGUACAAUAAAGUAUAGGUAAAGACA